AUGAUGAAAUCUAUUGUUGAAACUUUGAAUGAACAGUUUACUGUGAGGGAUCUGGGCAACAUCAGACAAUAUGUUGGCUUAGACAUAGAACCUAUAAAUGGUGGGUAUCGUGUCUCACAGAAGGGUAAAAUAGCUCAGUUGCUAAAGAGCUAUAAAAUGGACCAAAGCAGGGGAGUGCAAUCUCCUAUGCUGCAGAACUUUGACUUAAAUGAUAGUAAUAGUCCACUGUUUGACCAAAGCAUCUAUCAGUCUUUGAUUGGAAGUUUAUCUUAUAUAGCUAACUGGUCAAGACCUGAUAUAGCUAUGGCAACUAACCAAUUGGCAAGGGCUGUAAAGGAGCCAAGACAAUGCCAUUGGAUUGCUGCUAAACAUGUCCUUAGAUACCUAAAGCAUACUUUGGAGUUAAGCUUGUAUAUAACACCUGUUAAGGAUCUAAAGGUGCAUGCUUACGCAGAUGCAAGUUUUGCUAGUGAUCAGAGCACCCGGCAGUCAACCACCGGACUGGCAAUUUUCAUGGGUGGUAGGGUGGAGAUCUCUGAAACAACGACAUGUGGCUCUCUCGACAUGCGAGUCAGAGUAUUCCGCACUCAGUACAGUCUGUAG